UGAAGCUCCCACAAGCCCAAGGCCGUCGCAGCCCAUAUUAAGGGCGAACUCGAAUCCAUUCUUGGCUGGCUUGCUCGUGCGUGGCCACCAGCAUCGCCAUUCGCAGUUCCCGUUUCAAUACCUUCUUCGAAUCGACCAUUUUCUUCUGGCGCGGCGCCGGCUUCUCUUUCUUCGGCCGAUGUUCUGAUCUCUUCUGUAACCUCUUUUGAUCCGUCUGGUCCUUUCCUUCAUCUCUUGACGCCCUGUCAUUCAAUUUUCGUUACGGAAAAUCAUUACCUUAUUGCUCAGAUUCUUGUUUACCUGAUGCUGUCCAGAUGGAGCAAGGCAGCUUUUAUUGUCCGGCAUUUUGGCCCGCGCCAAAGAGUUGUGAGUUUAGAGGAACAUUCUCCCCUCGGUCGAAGCUACUCUGGAGUUCCUGCGGCCGCAGCUUCUGCGUCAACAAGCUCUCCUGGUUCGGACCUGAAGCAGUCUUCUAGCAAACCAGAGGUUAAAUUAAAUUCCUUGUUCUGGUCUAAACCCAGUUCAUUGGCUCUGCCUCCUGGUUCUCCUUUGAGAAUAGAAGAACCACAGUAUGAGGGCCUUCGGCAUAUAAUGCUCAAGCUAUUACUAUUUUAUAGUAAACAGAGCAGGUCAAUCAGAGGGGCAAAUGCUGUCUAUAGGAGGAUCAUUUCUCAGGUUGAUAAGCCUGCUAUCUAUGAUGUCUUUAACCUGGAAAACACGUUCAGAACUACUUUUUCUCUGCUGGUGCUUCAUAUGUGGUUAUUUCUACGUCGGUUGAAGGAAGAGGGGAAGGAAGGUGCUGAAUUCGGGCAAUACUUAUAUGAGAUUUACAACCAUGAUUUAGAAAUGAGAGUUUCUAAGGCAGGGGUGAACCUACUGCUAACAAAAUGGAUGAAAGAACUGGAGAAGAUUUUCUAUGGGAAUAUUGUUGUUUAUGAUGAUGCCAUGAAACCUGAUGCCAAGCAUGAUGAACUUGCAAAUGCUAUAUGGAGGAAUAUAUUCUCAGACGAUGGUACAGGGCCAUCCAGUGACGCAGCUACAACUGCCGUCCAGGCAAUGUCAAGGUAUACACGCAGGGAGUCUACCUGCCUGUCAUUGACAGACAAGGAAGCUAUAUUCUCUGGCAACUUUUUGUUUACUUCCUUGGAAUUGCAGAGCAAGUACCAAAAGCUACAUAAUUGAGUGUGAAACAAUGUAAAUAGAAUAAAAAAUUAGAUCUGCCACCUAGCUUUUGAUGUUGAUUUUUUUUUUCCUGAUAUUUUUAUAUUUGAAAGCCUUGUCACUGGAUUCCUGCUAAAAACUAGGGGCACAUGACUAGAAUGCUAUUAGCAAUUUUCGUUUCCUUGUCUCAAGUUGAAGACAAGGAACAUAUUGGUCUAAGAUGGCACAUUUCAUUUAGAUGUUCGCUUGUUUUGUUGUU